GGAGUUCAGCUCUCCCUCCCUCCCUCCCUCUCUCUCUCUGUCACUCGUACUGACAACAGGUAUUCGAUUCACUUCGGGCUCUGUCCAGCAACAUCUGGGACAAAUAGUGUGGAAUCGUACUGCGCCCCCUCUCCCCCGACCCUGUGCUUGUGGAAGGAAAAGACCCAGCAGAAGACCCUGCACUUUUUUGUUUUGGGGAUUGGUCACCUGUGCCUGCACAAUGCCCAGCCUGAUGCCCUUGUUGCUGUUGCCUGGGUUGUUGCUGGCCUCUUUCGUUCAUGGCUACCUGCCCGACUCUGAGAGGGGAAUUGUCAACUCCUUGCUGAGGCUCAUGCUUCAGUCAGUGUACUCCAGUGAGGGGGUCCCGAACCCCAGUGUGCACAUUGCCUUACGACUGGCAAGAGACCACCACCUGCCAACAGAAGAACUGCUCCUGCAACAGCUGAAGAUGACUGCAGUUGAGAAAGUGAAGCAUGGUGAUGAGUUCUCCUCGGGUUUGGUUGCUCUUUACACCUUGGCCAUUGCUGCAUCCUGCAAUGAUCCCACUGACGUCUGCUACAAAGAGGACAGGAUUGACCUGAUAGAGAUACUGCAGGAGAAAUUAACGAAGGAAAUCGAACACAUCACGAACACUACAUUCCCUCUCACUAACUAUUACCAAGUUAGCCUGGACGUGCUCACUCUCUGCGUGAUGAACAAACAGAUUUCGCAAGGUUCGAUCCAGGCCCUCGCUGAUGCAGUAUUGAACGACAAAUUCACACAUGGCUCUGAAUUCUCAGUUGGUAAGAAUACUCUCUGUUGACCUCUGUCUCUGAUU